GUUAACCGGUAACAGAGACCUCUGAAUGAAUGUCGUUUCUAUGACUUAGCAUUGUUUAGAGCAAAGUAAUGUCUGCGCCACGAGGAAAAGAAUGUUCAGUCUGGCUCCUUGCCUCAGCAGGAAUGUAAUCUGAUGUCUUCGCAAAAGAAAGAGAAGACAUUCAACACAGGCAUCUUGAAGUGGCAUCACUCCAUAUACAUAAGAAUCUGACUUCAGAUUUAUCUUCAACUACCUGUUUGCCAAGUGAUAAAUUAGGUCAGAAUGCCUCUGUACAUCCAUGCCUUGGCGUGCGCUUUUGGUCUGGGCUCCUGGGUGUCCAUUAAUGGCUUGUGGGUGGAGCUUCCUUUAAUAGUCAAUGUUCUGCCAGAGGGCUGGGACUUACCCUCCUACCUCACUGUCAUCAUUCAGUUUGCCAACCUUGGCCCUCUGCUGGUGACCCUGGCGCACAAAUUCUGUCCCGGACGACUACGCGAAAAUCUAGCCAUCUAUGCUGUCCUGUCAAUUGGUGUUGUAGCCUGCAUCCUGCUAGCUGUGUUUUGGAACUACACCACUGUUAUCUUUGGACAACCUCGUAGCACAGCAUUUUUUAUCCUCACGUUUUUCCUCGCUCUGGUCGACUGCACUUCGUCUGUUACCUUCCUGCCUUUCAUGAUGCAACUUCCCGCCAAAUACAUCACCACAUACUUCAUUGGAGAAGGUCUCAGUGGUUUGGUUCCAGGUCUGGUGGCGCUGGCGCAAGGGGUCGGGAUGUCAAAAUGCGUCAAUGUGACAAAUGUGUCUGAUAACGUCACAGACCCCGGACCUCCAACCUUCAUUGUGGAGACACAGUACCUCCCGCCAAAUUUCUCCACUGAGAUCUUCUUCUCCUUCCUCGCUGUAAUGACCACGAUAAGUCUGGGUGCUUUCCUCAUAUUAAACCGUCUGCCUCGGACUUUUGAACUAUCCACUGAAAACCUUGUCUCAGACUCAGAUGCUGUGGCAACGGUUUGCAGGGGUCUAGAGGGCCCUAUGGACCCCAAGACAAACUGUCCAGAGGAAGUGGAACAGAAGCAGAAUGAAGUGCUGCUUCCUAAACCGCAGCACUCAAGCUAUCAGCUUGCAUUCAUCUAUGUCAUGGUUCUAUGGGUGAACAGUGCAACCAAUGGACUACUGCCCUCAGUGCAAACGUUCUCCUGUAUGCCCUAUGGAAAUAUGGCCUAUCAUCUGUCAGCUGCUCUAUCUGCGGUAGCUAAUCCUGUGGCAUGCAUCAUUGCCAUGUUUUUCCCCAAACGUUCAUUAGUAUUUCUGGGCAUCCUCUGUCUUCUGGGCUCUACAUUUGGAGGAUACAACAUGGCCAUGGCUGCCAUGAGUCCCUGUCCCUUACUCCAAGACACACCACUAGGCGACGCCAUUAUAGUUUUAUCAUGGGUUUUCUUCACGGGUCUGCUGUCCUAUGUGAAGGUGAUGGUGGGUGUAAUUUUGAGGGACCGGAGUCACAGCGCCCUCGUGUGGUGUGGAGCAGCAGUGCAGACUGGCUCUCUGUUGGGCUCCAUCAUUAUGUUUCCGUUGGUUAACGUCUACCACCUCUUCAAGUCGGGGGACAUUUGCAACACCAACUGCCCAUUAUAAUAAGACUUUAAUGAGGGAACGAACUCCUACUACAACUAGCUUUCACACUUUUGGUGAGAUAACAAUGGUGACGAUGAUAAAACAAACACAUAUACCAUUUUAGCAUCUGUAGCCUACUUUUUAAAUUAUUGUGGAUUGUUAUUUAUAAUGUAUACGUUUUUGAUAUCUGGAAACAAUACAAAUGUUUAUGCAUCGUUUGUGGAUUACCAUUAUUGUUCUUUCAAUAUUAUAGCAAAAUCUGAUGAUUAUUUUAUCAUAUCAUUUUUGUAUUAUAAAUGCUUUCUCAAGCUGGUAUAAAUCAAGUGUUUUGGGUUAUAGAUAUUUUUAGCCAUUUUGAAUAAAAAACAAAACAAAAGACAA